GGCCCAGGGCAAGCAGAGGCAGUGAUGGUUGAUUCUGACGGUGGCUGAGCCCCCAGCCCCUGGAAUAUGCAGCCCUGGGGAGCCCCAGGCAGCGGCAAGGACGCGGUGGCGGAGUGGGGCGGGAGGCAUGGUCUCCACCUACCGGGUGGCUGUGCUGGGGGCGCGAGGCGUGGGCAAGAGUGCCAUCGUGCGCCAGUUCCUAUACAACGAGUUCAGCGAGGUCUGCGUGCCCACCACCGCCCGCCGCCUCUACCUGCCUGCUGUCGUCAUGAACGGCCACGUGCACGACCUCCAGAUCCUCGACUUCCCGCCCAUCAGCGCCUUCCCUGUCAACACGCUGCAGGAGUGGGCGGACACCUGCUGCAGGGGCCUCCGGAGCGUGCACGCCUACAUCCUGGUCUACGACAUCUGCUGCUUUGACAGCUUUGAGUACGUCAAGACCAUCCGCCAGCAGAUCCUGGAGACGAGGGUAAUCGGCACCUCGGAGACGCCCAUCAUCAUCGUGGGCAACAAGCGGGACCUGCAGCGUGGACGCGUGAUCCCACGCUGGAACGUGUCGCACCUGGUGCGCAAGACCUGGAAGUGCGGCUACGUGGAGUGCUCGGCCAAGUACAACUGGCACAUCCUGCUGCUCUUUAGCGAGCUGCUCAAGAGUGUCGGCUGCGCCCGCUGCAAACACGUGCACGCCGCCCUGCGUUUCCAGGGCGCGCUGCGCCGCAACCGCUGCGCCAUCAUGUGAGGCUGGUGCGCGCCUGCCACUGCACCGGGCCGAGCAAGAGCAGCGCCCUGCGGGGCUGCACCUGCAGCCGUGCCACCUCCUGGGGAGAGGUCCCAACGCACACGCAGCCCUCUCCCGCCAGGCCCGCGGUCUUCCUGGGACAGCCGCCUCCCGUGCUGUAGUGGUCACAGUUCCCCUCCCAAUCCCAAGGGGCUGCCUCAGCCGGGCACCACCCUUUUUCUCCGGAGUUUGUGUGUGUAUAUGUCAGGACCCCUUGUCGUCCCUUCCCGCGUCUGUCCGCUCGAGCGUCUGUUGGUCCUAGCCGGUCCCCGCCACCCCCAGCUCCGCUCUGUAUAGGGCUUUCAUUGCCUCCAUCCCCGGGUUGCAGAUCCUGGCAGCUGGGCCUUCGGGUACCAGCGCCACCGGCACAGGGCAGAGAGAUGCAGCUGGGCCCAACCCAAGGAGUCAGGGGUAGAGCUCCAGGACCAGUUACGGGGAGAGGGCUGAGCCCUCCCCAGCCCAGCAGCCCCCAGAGACACAGCCACCUACCUCCCAGCCUUAACUCGAUGGUCCGUCCCUGCUGGGUGCCCCUGAAACCAGAGGACCUCCUGGGUUAAAACUUAUUAAUUUUAAUUUUUUUUGUUGUUAAAUUUUUGGACACAGUGUGGGAAGGGACUCCCCAGAAAGAUGGCUCCCUUUCUGUGAUGCCAAGUUCAAGUCCUCCCUCCCCUCCUGCCCUGGGGGAGGUGGAGUUGGGU